CAACCACCAUCAAAAGCGAAGAAGAGUCUAAACAUGGCGGCAAUCGGCAGUAGCCGUGUGGAUCGCCUUAGCAACUCCAAUCAAAACAAAACUUCUUUAACAUCUCCGGAGAAAAUCCGAGAACUUCUCAAUGAGGGUGUCUCAUCAGCGGGUACCGCUACCAACGGUGAUCAAGGAGAUUCAAAAGUCUCUGAUGUGAAGAGCAACACUCAAGCACCUUGUGAGGCAACGAACAAAGAAGCCUUCUUCAGCAGAGUGCAGUCCUACUCAUGUUUGAAAUGGGCCGGUAAACCCCGUGCGCUUUCCCCUCUGAUGUGUGCCCGCUAUGGCUGGAUCAACAUCUCCCACGACAUGCUCAAGUGCUCCAGCUGCCAGGCAUUCCUCUGUGCAUCGCUCCAACUGACAUUAGACUUUGAAAAAUAUGAAUCUCGCAUUGCGGAGCUAUCCAGACAGCUUCAGACCAAACAUGAGAAGUUUUGUCCCUGGCCAGACUUUCCAUGUCCAGAGCGGUUGUGGAUGGUGACAGCCGGAGAGCCAUCAGAACUUUUGGCUGCUCUCAUAGAGCGUUAUCAGAGCGCAUUGAUGCUGGGGCAGCAGCUACCAUCCAUGAAGCCUGAGCUGCUCAAAUCGAUGUUUUUGACCGAGGAUGUCGUUAGUGCGAUAUUGCUGCUGAUGGAGGAUGAACAAAAAAGAAAGGGAACCACAUGCACAGAAGCGUUUGCAGUCCAAGUGGCAGCAUGCAUUGUGUCUCUCUGUGGCUGGGCUGCAAGCACGAGCACGCACACCACAAAGCUUCCCAUUCUCACCUGCUCGUACUGUAUGCGAAAAGUCGGCCUGUGGAAUUUCCACCAGAUGGAGGAUGUUGGAGGCGACGCUGAUACGUCAGGAAACACUGCAAGCUCUGCCACCCCUCUUCACUCCGCUGGCCUGGCUCCCAUGCAGGAGGGUCAAGGGGACCAGUCGACUCCGCCCUCACCCACGCCACCUUCCACUCCGUGCCGCAUGAAGCUGAGGAGCCAGGACUCAUGUCGCACUGACCAGGGUGAGGGCGUUCCUGUAGCUUUGAGAGCCCGAAGUAGAGACUCGCCCAGUCCUGUUGAGGAGCCCCCAAGUCCCUUAACGAGGGGCAAGAGGCCCGCAACACGUAGCCGGGGGCAAGGGGAGUGCGCCGGUUCCGACGCUGCCUCCUGCCUUCCCCUGGCAUCUAAACGCCUGUGCCUCUCCUCGGCUGAUGACCUCGUGCACAAGAACGCAUUUGACCCGCUAGCUCAGCACAGGGACUGGUGCCCCUGGCUGGCGGUCGGAAAGGAGAACGUGGAUCCUCAGGCCAAACCCCUUUUCAGCGGGGGGCCAGCACCCCAUCAGCAAGGCUGGAAGGCUGUCCUUGACCUCCUCGUGCCCGCAAAGAACACAGCGACUAGCGAGUCAACACAAAAUCCACCUGAUCAAUCUAAAAGGGUGUUUGCUAUAUUCCAGCAGUGGCAGGUAUCUGCUCCAUCUAAGUAGAACGUUUCCGCGCCGCUGCAAUGACCAGCUGAGCAAGCGUAUCAAGUAUGCCAUCGCUCUGCAGAGGACAACAAAACGAGCACAUAAAUGUUCGGAGGCAAGCGCUUUCACAACUAUGUCAGUAAUCCUCCAUGUCGAGAAAUCCCUGAUAAUGAGAAAGAGCCUAAAAGGCUCGAUACUGGAUGGGCGAUGUUUACCUUUUAAUAUAAUGUGGAAUCGUGAUGGCAGUGGUAGAAUAUCACCUGGAAGUGUGUGUGUGUGUGUGUGCGUGUGUGUGAGUGGUGAACUGAUUUUUGCAGGAAAAGAACCGUGUGCCAUCAUCAUUGAAACAUGUUAGCUUGAGACUGCCUUGGCUUUUUUUUUCCCCUUCCUGUGACAUCCCAUUGCUUACAUUGUCCUCACCAACCUGCAUGUGUUGUUUAAUAAAACAUUCUUAUGAAAUAUUUCCAUUUUUUGUUUAAUUGUGAUUUUUUUUGCUGUUAAUAAAUGUCAUAAAAAUAUGACUACAGUAUACAAGAUGUUCCACUAGUGAAUUGUAAACACAUUAAUUUGAGUAUUAAAUGUAAUAAGAAACAGGACCAGGAGACCCAAAAUUGUCACAAUAUUAAAAACGGAAGCUUGCUGUUUGUAUGAUCGAAGGUUCAAAACCGCUUUCAUGUCAUGUAUUGUCAGACGUCCACCCUGUCAUGACCCCCUUAAAAGGGAAAAAUCCAGUCAAAGGUUGCACACAUUAAUACAGGGACUUCACUUUUUUUUUAAAAUUUUGUUUCUUCUUACAUCUUUUCGGAUACGUUGAAUGGUGUAAAUAAAAAUAUGUGAUGUUCCGGAACGUAACUUGUUAAGCAUGCCCAAAACCAGUAAACCAUCUCAUGCCAUUUGUGACUUAUGCUCCUGUUAAGUAUUUUAACAUAUAUUUUUUUAUUGUAAACAAACAACA